ACUCGGGCUGGGAGGGUCUAAACUCGCUCUUGUUUAGUUCUCAUUCUCAAUGGAUGCCAACAUCAGCCACGACGCGCGAGCACAUGAAAAACCACGCGCAUCGCACUUAAUAUGACCCGAAUGUCGUGAAUGUGACUGCAUUUACUGACUCGCAUCGUGUGAGGAGGACUGUGCGUAGUCAGAUGAAUCCAGAUGUGCUGAAUGAAUGGCCUGACAGAGCGACACACAGACAGAGGGCAUCAUCUCUCUGUUUAUAAACACACAUCUGCUCAUAGGAAGAAUCACACGGGUGGAUUGAUGCACCCUUUCCAGUGGUGCAACGGGUGCUUCUGCGGUUUGGGACUGAUCUACUCCAAUAAGACCUGCACUAUGCCAUCCAUCACCUUCCAGGACCUGCCUCUCAAUAUCUAUAUGGUUAUAUUCGGCACAGGCAUCUUUGUCUUCGUACUCAGCCUCAUAUUCUGCUGCUAUUUUAUAAGUAAACUGAGACACCAAGCCCAAAGUGAGCGCUUUGGAUACAGAGAGGUUAUUUUAAAAGGAGACCCGAAGAAGCUGAAUCUUCAUGGGCAGACGUGUGCCGUGUGCCUGGAGGACUUUAAGGUGAAAGAUGAGCUGGGAGUGUUGCCGUGCCAACAUGCCUUUCACAGGAGGUGUGUGGUGAAGUGGCUGGAGGUGCGCUGUGUGUGUCCCAUGUGUAAUAAACCCCUGGGCGGAUCGCCGGAGCAGAACCAGAGCAUCGGGACUCUGCUGGACGAGCUGGUGUAGACGAACAUCUGACUCUCUCUGGAGUCUCGCAGACAUAAACAGCCCGAUAACUCUCUGAUCCGACACCUCAUUCUGAGACUGAACUCGGCAGGCACAUUUUCUCAAUUAAACACGAGGGAAACCACAGAUCCUCGACUGAAGAAACUGUAUAUUUGGAGAAAAAGGCCUUUAAUUUAACAUUGAAGUCUAGUCAAUGUCAUUUUGUAUGCUAAUUCACUACAGGUUCUCUGAGGAAUUGACUGUAUAAAGGGGGUUCGUGAGUAAAAUAAGGUCUUUGAUCAACACUACUUAAAGGUUUAUGAAGAAAUUGAAGUUGGAAAUACUUGAACUACCAUGAGGAUGUGAGUUUCAAUACUUGAGCAAACAAACAACCAUUGUAGUCUUUAAAGGAUUAGUUCACUUCAGAAUUAAAAUGUCCUGAUAUUUUACUCCCCCCCACGUCAUCCAAGAUGUUCAUGUCUUUCUUUAUUCAGUUGGGAAGAAAUGAAGGUUUUUCAGGAGAACUUUUUUCCAUAUAGUGACUUCAAUGGGGACCAAAUGUCACCGUUCAACUUGAUUAUAGUACGUAAUGCCCCAGCAAACACAGGACGUUCCCCUAACGUUCCCGAAUGGUCCCAUGAGGUUAUUUUUUUGGGAACCAAACAAGAACGCUAUUGGAACGUU